AUGGGAGCCAAUGAUGAAGGAGGUAGAAGUUACAGGAAGGAAAUGGAGUCACCUAUGGAGAUAGAUAGAGAGGAUGCAGAUGGAGACCACCAGAAUUCUGAUGUCAAGGUUGAGGCUAAGGAAGGAUUCUGCCGAUCAGUAGAGAGAGAACCAAAGAAUGACAAGUGGCACGGCCAGGAAAGGAGCAGUGGAAAAUUCUUGAGGAGGUUCAGGUUGCCUGAAAGAGAUAAAAUGGAGGAGGUUAAGGCUAGCUUGGAGAAUGGAGUGCAGAGUGCUUACCAUGACUGUGCCUGA